AUGUCUGGAGAAGCUUGGCUGUUUUUGUUGUCGGUGCUUAUCAACGCCGUCAACCUCUUUUUACAGGUUUUCUUCACUAUUAUGUACAGUGAUUUGGAAUGUGAUUACAUUAACCCCAUUGACCUCUGCAACCGACUCAAUACCUAUAUCAUCCCCGAGGCUGCUGUGCACGGUUUCUUGACCUUCCUCUUCCUCAUCAACGGCUACUGGAUCCCUCUCAUUCUCAACUUGCCUCUCCUUGGCUGGAACGUCAAGAAGAUUGUCGACAACACUCAUCUCCUCGAUGCGACUGAGAUCUUCCGCAAGCUCAAUGUUCACAAGAAGGAAUCUUUCUUCAAGCUUGGCUUUCACCUGCUCAUGUUCUUCUUCUACCUCUACAGCAUGAUUGUUGCUCUUAUCCGAGACGAGUCCUCCUAA